ACCGUGUGUAGCCUACAAUCUUAGUUUUACAACAAAAUUAUUUUAUUCACCACACGCGACUUUUCUUCAUCCGGGCAUUUCACAGAAGCCGACUUUUUUAGCUGACCAUGGCUCACUAUGUGUACCCGGCCAACAACGCGCCAUCGGUGCCUGGUUACCCUACGGCCAUGCAGACUGCCUUUGUGGCGGCCACUCCACAGGCUGCAGCCUAUGCCACAGCUCCAAGACCAGGCCAGGCGUACGAGGCCUAUCAGACACAACACACAGCUCCCCAGUACGCCUACGCCAGGGCUCAAGUGGCUGUUACUGGCCCUCACACUGUUGUGGGAGAUGCCACCCACAGCCCUCAGACAAGGGAAUUAUGGAGUCAUUUUAUAAAACCAACUACCUAUGAACAGAAGACGUACUACCAACCAGCACAGGCUGCUGCUACAUAUUCCACAGGGGAUGCCCAGUACCAGCAGCAAACAGGUGUUCUCCAUGCAGUUGUGGUAAAACCUUCCUAUACGACUGGGACAACCUACACAGCCCAAAGGCAGGCCACUGUGCCCAAAGUGCAGACAGUGCAGGUGACAUCCGCCCCGACCAACUAUGUGUACACUACUGGAGCCUCGAGCCAGGCUGUGUCAUCCUACCAACCGGCCACCACCUACCAGUCGGCAACCACUGCCUCCACCACCACAUACUCUGUACCUAUCAACGCAGGUUACGAUGCCGCGCUCUACUCAGCAGCCACCAGCUACUACCAGCAACAGCAGGCCGCCAAGGCUACCGGCACCUGGUCCACGAUUAAGAAAGCCACCAUGCCCACUAUUGGGGGCAAAAAUGGGGUUGCGAGCAAGCCCAAGAUCUCCAAGCCUCCGCAGCUACACUAUUGUGAUGUAUGCAAGAUCAGCUGUGCUGGACCUCAGACCUAUCGGGAGCAUUUGGAAGGUCAGAAGCACAAGAAGAAGGAGGCGGCGGCCAAGGUGGGCACUCCGUCAUCGUCUGGACGCAGCGGUCAGAAUCAGCUGCGCUGUGAGCUGUGUGAUGUCACAUGUACCGGCACUGAUGCAUAUGCUGCACAUGUACGAGGUGCAAAACACCAAAAGGUGCUAAAGCUGCACACAAAGCUGGGCAAGCCAAUCCCCUCCUCCGACCCAGUGGUGGUUGGAGCCCAGAAGGCCAGCUCCGUUAGCUCUGUGGCUGUCAGUAAGCCCGCUGUGGCGCCCGUCAAGGCUCCUGUGCCUACUGUGUCUGCUCCCACAUCAGUCGCAGCCAAGAAAGUGUUAGCCACACCCAAAAUCACUUUUGUCGGAGGUAACCAGCUGAAGACCACAGGCGCCAAGAUGGAGGAGGUGAAGAUCACGCCCCCGCCUGUCACCAGCCAGACCUCCAUGGACUCUGAUGACGAUGAUGGGCCGCUUAACAUUCUUGGAGAGAAGGAUGUGGCACCAGUUGGCCACGAGUACAUUGAGGAGAUCAAGAAUGAUGCCACGGGCAAGAUCAUCAGCUUCAACUGCAAGCUGUGUGAGUGCAAGUUCAAUGACCCCAAUGCAAAGGACAUGCACAUGAAGGGGCGUCGACACAGGCUUCAGUACAAGAAAAAGGUGGACCCAAGUCUCCAGGUUGAGAUCAAGCCAAGCAUCCGUGUGCGCAAGAUCCAAGAGGAGAAGCUGCGAAGGCAGGCUGCGAAGGAGGAGUUCUGGAGGAGGAAGGAGCAAGAACAGAGGAUGGAGGAGGAGUACUACUGGGAGGAGAGGCGUCGCUACCAGGAGAUGGAGAUGUAUGAGUGGCACCGUAUGGGCCGCCCUGGCAUGCCCCCGCCAAGAUUUGGACCCGCCCCUGGUAUCCGUAAGCCUGAUUCGUCUGAUGACCGCCAUGUGAUGGCCAAGCAUGCGUCCAUCUACCCUAACGAAGAGGAGCUGCAGCAUGUGCAGAACAUUGUGUCUGCCUGUGAGAAGGGACUCAAACUUGUCUCAGACCAUAUUGCUGAGAGGUAUGCGAUUGAUGCUAAAGCCAAGCAGGGCAUAGAGGUUAAGAAAGAUGUUAAGGUCCCUGUAAAGCCAGUGACCCCUGCUAAGGACACCAAGGUUGCUGCUGCUACCCCUGCUGUCCCCGCCAAGAAGGAUGAGGACCACAAAGAGGGGAAUUUUGCCUCCUUUUCCAGCAAGAAGGAGGAUGACUCUGCGGCCCCACCUCGGGUUCUCAAGGGUGUGAUGAGGGUGGGAGUGCUUGCCAAGGGGCUUCUCCUGCAUGGGGACCUCAACGUUCACCUGGUGGUGCUCUGCUCUGAGAAGCCUACGCGUACACUGUUGGAGCGCGUGGCUGACGGGCUGCCUAAACAGCUGGCGACCUGCACUGAAGAGAAGUAUGAUGUGAAACGCUGUGUUGAGGAGGCAGCCAUUGUUGUGACCAAUAGCUCAGAGCCUCACGUGUCCUGUACCAUUACCUUGACGUCACCCAUCAUGAGAGAGAGCGCCGAGGGGGGAGAGUCAUCAGCAGUUACUGUGAAAGACCCUCCAGAUGUUUUGGAUAGGCACAAAUGCCUUGAUGCCCUAGCUGCCCUUCGACAUGCAAAAUGGUUCCAGGCUAGGGCCAAUGGUUUGCAGUCGUGCGUCAUUGUUAUCCGUAUUCUACGAGACCUGUGCCAGCGCGUUCCCACCUGGACACCACUCAAUGAAUGGGCCAUGGAGCUGCUGGUAGAGAAGUGUGUGAGCAGUGCCCCUGCCCCCCUCAGUCCGGGCGACGCCCUCAGACGCCUCUUUGAGUGCAUCGCAUCAGGUGUCCUCCUGCCUGGAGGCCCAGGGCUGUUGGACCCUUGUGAGAAAGACCCCAUGGACGCUGCGGCUGGCCUUAGCAACCAGGAACGUGAGGACAUCACUGCCUCCGCACAGCAUGCCCUCAGACUAAUUGCCUACAGGCAGAUCCACAAGGUGCUGGGCAUGGAUGCUCUACCAGUCCCAAGAUUCUCCCGCCGCCCGUUCAACUCCCGCAAGCGGCGUCGCACAGAUAGUGCUCAGGCGGACGGUGAUGGUGAAGGAACAGCUGCAGAAAAGAAAGACAAGAAAGAAGAUGAGAGCAUGAAUUGAUCAGCUAGCAAGAAAGAUGAUAAUUUGCCCUUCUAGUGUGUGUGCAUUUAAAAAAAAAAAAUACAGUUGACGAUGCUGGAUUUGUGGAUGUGUUUUUGAGUAUUAAAUGUAAGUUGGUAGCAAAAAAGUUUUGUAAUUCAUAUUGAUAUGAUAUGUGUGUCAAGGUUUUGAAAAUAUUUUUAGUAAUAAAAAUGUAAAUUGUGCUUACUUAGAUGUGUGAAACAUUGAUUUAUGAUAUAUUAUAAGAAUCAUUUGUAUGCCAUUUUUGUUGGUCAUCAGUUAAUGCAUGGUAAGCUCGUUUGAAUUAUGUGUAUGCCAUUUUUUUGUUGAUCAUCAAACAUUUCUGGUCAUACAAUGUAGUCACAUUAAUCAUAACUGGUAUAACUGCUUUUUCCUAUCAAACUAUGUUCACUGAAGUCUCAUGUGUACAUGCCAGCCUUCAGUAUUACUGGGCGUUGAACAUAUGUUUGUGUAUUGCUGACUUUUAGUAGCCAUUGUCUCAUUAUUUGUGUUGAAUAGUGAUUUAAAUUGGCAUAUUUCUUUGGGUUAUUUGUGUAAUAUAUUUCUAACAAUCCUAUCACAUUAGUUACAAUGCUUGGUGUUUAUAAUGUGAAAUGAGCUGUAUGGUUGCUACUCUUAUUACGUCGUUUUGGUACUUUCACUCAUCAUGUUGUUUUGACCAAUCUUUCCAUUUCCAGUAUAUGUUGUCUUAUUAUAUGUAAAUAUUGUUGUAGACAGAAUCUUCAUAAUAUUAGCCUUAUAACAAAAAAAAAUACAAGUAUUUAAAGUAUUUUUUUUCAAUCCAGUACUAAGUAAGCUUACGUAUAUUCUACCACAAAAGAAACUUUCACUUUGCUUGAAAGAACAUACUGUUCUGCUUGUAAAAUAGAUGGUGUUAAAAUAUACUAUUAGAAUUAUAAAUGUGUUAUUAUUUAAUCUACGGAGAUGAUCUGAUCUUGAUAUGUAGAUUUUUCUACAGCUGUAAAUGUGUUUCCUAAUGGUAUCUUUGACUCUUUGAUUCGAACUGAAAAAAAGCUGUUGUUCAGAUGUAAUAAAAGUUUGUGUUCAGUAA